AUGCCUUCGGAGGGGUUUAGAAUGAUGACACCACACAUGGGAACUAGCGAUGCCCUGGGCGAGUUUGAAGGCAAUGAGCGUGUCAGCUCCGUAUCACAUAGUGUUCACAGACCUGAUAUCCCUUUCGGAAGUCCAGAUGAGGAAAAUGUCAUUCAGGAUCAGUUGUCCAGUUGGAUGCAUCAUUCGGGAAAUCCAGAGCAUAUGUGGUUCGACGAUGAUCUUGUCUCGGCGCUCAUGGACCCGAUCAUGAUGCCGGGCCUCAACAGCCAGCCGCAAGCUCCGACGAUCACAUCACUUAGUACUACCAGAGCCUAUGCUUUGAGCGGAAAUAUGCAGUCGGAGACCGAGCCCCGGUCACCUCCAAAUGAGGCAUCCGAAGAGGAUCGAUGGCCAUUCAGGUGGGACCCAGGGUCUCGACCUAUCACUGCAUGCAAGCCUCUUCAAAUGGAUAAAACGCAUCCAUUAAGGCAAAAUCACAACUCACACUUCGACAUUUCUGCCGAGAGAUACAAGAUUUUGAAAUCAUUUCUCCAGCGACCAGCCCGCAAAGGCUUUGACUUUCACUCCCUGCCGUUACCAGACCUGGGAGUAGCAAACAUUUUCAUUGGGCUUUUCUUUACGCACUUCGAAUAUCAAGCCGCAGUUAUUCAUCAUCCGUCCUUAAAAUCAUCUGAUGUCUUACCAGAUCCUCUCCUAGCCAUCAUGAUUGCCAUAGGAGCGACAUAUAGUCGGGAAAGGCACUCUUGUCGGUUUUCAAUCGUGCUGAUCGACGUGGCGAGACUGAGCACGCAAUUGGCGAUUGAAUUGGACAACAAAAUGAUGCGGGAUCCGAUGGUUUUAUAUGCUCUGGCUCUCAUAUGCUACUCCGGUAUUUGGUGUGGAAACAAAAGACUCUUCGAGCUCUGUGAGAGUCUUAGGGGAACAGUUAUCACUUACUGUCGGCAUAUGCAACAAAUGAGGCUUAAUCCAAGUACCGCAGGGCCUGAUCCUUCGACCAACAGCCCAGAUGAGCAGUGGAACAGAUGGAUACUUAUGGAGACCAAAAAGAGACUCGCAUGGGUUAUUUACAGUCUCGAUUGUGUUUUCCCAUGCUUGCUCUAUCUUCCAGCCUCGUUUGCCUUGGCAGAGUUUAUGAGCAUUGAAUGUCCAUGCGACGAAGAAUUUUGGCAAGCCACAACUGCUCAACGCUGGAAAAGUCUGCUUGGGUCUGCCUCCCUACCCCCUGCGAGAACUUUUGCCUCCGCAGUGAGCCCUUUUCUCGGGCCCCUCAAUUUAGGACGUCCUUCGACGACCAACGUUCAUAUGACUCGCUCAUCAACCUCGUAUUCGGAUGAUAUCGGUCUCAAUUCCUGGACUCGCUACCUUGUACUCAUUACAAUACACGUCCAGGUUUUCGAACUCUCACAGCAGAUCACCAUGGUUACUGAAGCAACCCUUGACACCGAAAUUUGGCAACCGUCAGAGGAGAGCUUGGUCAGCACACAGUCUUCAAGUAACUCUCUCCAGGAAACCACGAUGAGUCCAAACGUUCGACAUCACUUUAUCCAAUUGGCCACAAGAUGCUCCGGCUCAAAUCCUUCGAGUCCAGUACAAGAGGUUUUAAGCUCGCUCGCCAAACGAAAGGCCCAUCUAGAGAGUAUGCUAUUGGCAUGGGAACAGGCGUAUGCAAUGUCCCCGCCAGCCGACGUUUCGGUGUAUCCAACCUCGAAACACUUUCAAACGAUUGCAGCAACCAACCUUCAGAUCAGCCGUUUGAUGCUUCAUGUUCCCAUUUCGGAUCUCCAAGACGCAUUAGGAAAGUCUGGGCCGGGUAAGGUGAUCCCUGCGAUGGAGAUCAUGCGUCGCACUCUCGCAGACCACCCAGACAUAGUAGCGUCGUUUGUCAGACAAUCUCUUUCAACCGUGAGCGAGCUACAGUCGAAGCUACUAAGUCUCCAGGACAGCUCCACCAGGAAUAUUAUGGAGCCUCCGAGUAUCAUAAGCUGUUUCCUUAGUGGGGUCUAUGUAUGGGCCGCCAUCCGCUCAGCGGAUCGCGAACAAGUGAUGUUUCUUCAAGGGCAGGUCUCACGUGUCAAAUCCUCGGAGACAUUUUCUGCAACUGUCAAAGAAGUUAUAGCAUGGCAAACUAAUGAGGAAUUGCCCCCCGAUCACCUUGGAGCCCGGGCAAACCUCAUAUUACAUGCUGUGGCAGAUGUGCUUGGAAAUAUGGCUCCAUGGAGCGCUUCACUCAAUAUGGCGCUACUCCUGUGCCAUCGUGCAAAGGAUGUUAUCAUUUAUUGA